UUACUAAAUCUACCAAUCUUCAGACACGCCCUCUCUUCAAAGCUGUUCUUCAACGUCUUUCUUCAACUGUAAGUACCAAACUUUUUGAAAUUUCACUUGAUUUUUUUUGUUCUAUAUAGAUAUUAAGCAUAAAUACUCUCUGGUUCGAUUCCUUUUUCAAGGCCAGCAGAGGUAGUUGUUUGUAUAUAUAAGGUACCAAUCUAUAACCUUGUAUAGAUUGAUUGUUAAAAGCUUGCAUAUUUACUUCAGAUUUUAGCAUUUAAAUAUCAAGCAUGAAUACUAGUAGUUGUAUUGUAAUCUCAACCGUGAAACCCUGCUGUAGAAUCCUAAUUGGGUACACAAGUUCUUCCCUUUUCGGGAUUUCUCCCCAAAAGUUUAAUAAUCGAGUCAUCCAUAACAAUUUGUCGAAAUCUCUACCCAAAUCAUCCCAUCACCGUAGAUUCCAUUGCCAUAGUGUCAAUAAUAGGUCCAGAAUCAUAGGUAAUAAGUCUGUGGUUCAUUCGAAUAGCAGAGCUUUUAAUGUCUCUGAUUCGAGCUGGGAUCAAUCCAAGGUUCUUACACCUAGUUUUCAUGUAAAUAGGGGUCGUGGAAGGGGUGUUUUAGUAAUUCCCAAGGUAUCAUCUGAUUUUAGGAAUCAUUCAACAUCAGUAGAGUCUCACAUUAAUGAGAAGGGAUUUGAGAAUAUUUACAUUCAAGGAGGCUUGAAUGUGAAGCCUUUGGUGAUAAAAAAAAUUGAAACAGGAAAUAAUGUAGUCGAAGAAGAAGAUAAGUCUAGUAGGAUAGAGAUUAAUGGAACCAGUGUGAACAUAGACUAUUUGAAGGGCUUGAAUGAGACAGCUCCAAAGGUUGAGAGAGAGGUGUCUGAUAUCGAAAAGGAGGCUUGGAAGUUGCUUCAAGGUGCUGUUGUGAAUUAUUGCGGGAAUCCAGUGGGGACUGUUGCUGCAAAUGAUCCUGCUGAUAAGCAACCACUGAACUACGACCAAGUAUUUAUUCGUGAUUUUGUUCCAUCUGCACUUGCUUUUUUGCUUAAUGGAGAAGUGGAGAUCGUGAAGAACUUUCUCCUUUACACAUUGCAGUUACAGAGUUGGGAGAAGACAGUGGACUGUUACAGUCCAGGACAAGGGCUGAUGCCAGCAAGUUUUAAAGUUAGAACUGCACCCCUUGAUGGAAGUGACGGGGCAUUUGAAGAAGUUCUGGAUCCAGACUUUGGCGAAUCAGCAAUUGGGCGUGUAGCCCCUGUUGAUUCCGGGUUGUGGUGGAUAAUUUUGUUGCGAGCUUAUGGAAGGAUCACAGGUGACUAUGCAUUGCAAGAGAGAAUUGAUGUCCAGACAGGCAUAAGGCUCAUACUUAAUCUCUGUCUAUCUGAUGGAUUUGACAUGUUCCCCACUCUGUUAGUCACUGAUGGUUCCUGCAUGAUUGAUAGGAGGAUGGGUAUUCAUGGACAUCCUCUUGAAAUCCAAGCCUUAUUUUAUGCGGCACUGCGUUGUGCCCGUGAGAUGCUGAUUGUCAAUGAUGGAACCAAGAAUUUGGUGGCUGCUGUUAAUAGCCGACUCAGUGCACUGUCAUUUCAUAUCAGAGAGUAUUAUUGGGUGGACAUGAAGAAGAUCAACGAGAUCUAUCGUUAUAAGACAGAGGAAUACUCAACAGAUGCAGUGAACAAGUUCAAUAUAUAUCCAGAUCAAAUUCCUUCAUGGCUAGUGGAUUGGAUUCCUGAAGAAGGUGGCUACCUUAUUGGCAAUCUACAACCUGCUCAUAUGGAUUUUAGGUUUUUCACUCUUGGGAAUCUUUGGGCUAUUAUUUCCUCCUUGGGAACUGUAAAACAGAAUGAGGGUAUCCUGAAUUUGAUUGAGUCCAAAUGGGAUGAUCUUGUGGCUCAUAUGCCUCUUAAGAUUUGUUACCCUGCUUUGGAACAUGAAGAAUGGCGUAUAAUUACUGGCAGUGACCCAAAGAAUACUCCAUGGUCUUAUCACAAUGGAGGAUCGUGGCCAACCCUUCUGUGGCAGUUCACGUUGGCAUGUAUAAAAAUGGGGAGACCUGAAUUAGCACAGAGGGCAGUUUCUUUGGCUGAGAAGAGAUUGUCCUUGGAUCAGUGGCCUGAAUACUACGACACACGCAGUGGAAGGUUUAUCGGCAAACAAUCGCGCCUUUUUCAGACAUGGACAAUCGCGGGUUUCCUGGCGUCGAAGAAGCUUUUGGAGAACCCAGAUAAAGCAUCAUUGUUGUUCUGGGAUGAGGACUAUGAUCUUCUCGAGACUUGUGUCUGCGCACUUAGCAAAACCAGUCGGAAGAAGUGUUCACGCUUUGCUUCAAGAUCCCAGAAGCAAGCCUGAAUAAUGUCUAUUUUUUUUUUUUUUUUAUUACACUCUCCUAAUGCUGCCUGAACUAUCUACUGACUAUAGGAAGCACGGGAAAAAAAAAACCAAGAGAAACAAAUAAGAACACACUUAGAUGCUGGAAAAUAUUCAGGGUCGACUUCACUGAUAACGGAACAACCUGGUAACUUCUGGUUUGGGGGCAAACUUCGCUGUAUGUAACCAUUCAUUGAAGUACACCACUGAUUUGAAUUAGCGGCUCUGCUUUUUGAGAGCCUCUAACUUAUUGCAUGGACAUAUAUAAAUUUUAUGAUGAGUUAAAUAACUCCUCUUAGCUUGGAGGAAGUGUCGUCCAUUGAUUUUGGUUGAA